AUGUCGACCAUGAUCACCUUCGCGGCGAACAACGAGUUCUUCCGGAAGCGCAAGCGUGUCCAUCGUGCCUGUGAAUCCUGCAAGAAGCGCAGAAAGAGAUGCAGCCAUACAUUCGCAGAGGAAGAGAACGGCAGCGGCCCUUAUGAAGGCGGAAACUCUACCCAAAGCGGUGACCGGGACGCUGGCAAUCCAGCCUUGGACCCUCAUGCCUAUGCGCAAGGUGGACACCAUCACCCUCACGAUCCCAGGUUUCCCCGUGGGGACGCCGCCAGAGGUCCUGGCAAUGUUCAUCCCCACUCCACUAUGCCGCCGCCUCACAGUCCGGCCGAGAGCGCACGCUCUCCCCAGACCCCACCCAACUUUCUGGGUUAUCUAAACCCAGAGGCUGUCUUGCGAGAGCAAGUCCAUUCGAAACGAGGCGAUCCUGCACAGUCACCGAGUAUAGCUCCUAUCGGCCAGUGGAUUGAGGAGAGAGACCAGAGACCAGCAACCACUCAGCCGGGAUCUGCACCAGUCCACAUCAGUGAAACAGGUCCGCCAAACACAUCCGAGGUGAAGAUCUCUAGAGCUCUCCAGCAGUACUUAGAUGCAGUGGGUGUCGACAUUCUACCACCGCGCAAAAGCCAAGAUGUCCUUCUUGACAUCUACUUCGCCUAUGUUCACCCACUGCUACCGCUCGUGGAUAAGGACCUCUUCUACGAGCAAUACUCCCAAGGCCGAGAACCUCGUAUACUGAUGCAAGCAAUAUGCGUAGUAGCGUCCAAGCACGCCAAUGCCGCGAAGCUCUUGUGCCUAGGUGACGACCCUCAGCCACUUAAUCCCAGAGAAUUCUCCCAGAGGUUAUAUCAGGCUGUCAUUGUUGGCAUCGAGGCAAAGCUCGAGAAGAACCGGGUCGUGCUUAUUCAGGUGCUAGCUCUCAUCUCACUCCACUGCGAAGGACCAGACGGCGCAGAGCAAGCAUCGAUGCACCUAGCCCAAGCUAUCCACCACGCACAUACAUUUGGCUUGCAGUUUGGGCAUCAAUGGAGGAACCAAAGCUCAGAGUCGCAGGGAAAUCUGGAAGAUGUUUUCUGGUGCCUAUGGAGUCUUGACAAGAUGAACGCGUGCAUGAAUGGCAGGCCACUACUCAUGCACGAUCGAGACAACAGCUUAAGGCAGCUACCCACAGAUCCCGAAAAGAGAUCAAGUCCAUUUGGUAUUUGGCUACAGAUAUCGGAGAUGCUGGACAAGGUCAUUGACUACUACAGACCAGGCAGUCGCUCCGCAGACGAGACAGGCUGGGAAGACGACUUCCUUGGGUUUGAGGAGAUGGUGGGCGACGGCGAGGACAAACUUGACGGUCCUAUCAUGAGCCUUCUAUCCCUCUUCCACCACACUAUGUGCAUGGCCUCGCACAAGUCUCUCUCCAUUAACGCCCCCGUCAAGUCUACACCAUCAUAUGUACGCCAAAGUCUGUCAGCGACACGUGUCAUCCAUCUUCUCAAUGCCGAGCCUCCGGAGCUUCUACCCCCUCUCCCCCUCGUGCCAUAUGCGCUAUCAGUAGCCCUCAGCGUUGUCUACAGGCACUUCCGGUCACGGCGACUGAAGGUCCACAUUAACCGUGCCUCCGAGGAACUGAAGCAGUGUGUACACCUACUCGACCGGCUACGGAACGCGUGGUGGUCUGCAGGCACAAUGGCGGACAUUGGCCGCGCAGUUCUCAGCAACGCAGCCGGACAGCGAACAAACGCCGUCAACACGCCAGCACCCACUGCUCCCGAGCUCCGCGCAAACGAACCCAAGACUGAGCCCCCAACCCCACAGCCUUCGCACACCGGACCGCACAUGCCAGUCUCUAAUAACCAUUGGCCGCCGCAAGGCCUUGAUAAUUCGAUAGAUCCUCGGCUCCAGCCACAGCAGCCCUCUCCAAUGCCGAAUCUGCUCAACCCCAUGCCAGCGCUCACGCCAGGGCAGCAUCCUACGAGUAGUGAACGUGCGGACCGGGCACCAAUACCUGCUGCAUUUGGCUUUGCUGAGCAGUCACCUGAUUGGCUAAACUUCGAUGCUGCGUUUGAGAAUUUCGAGGGGCUUUUGGGUAGUUCGGGCGCUGAUCUAAGUAACGAGCUGUUUAGACCUUUGAACUACGAGACGCUGGAGGGCUUCUUGGAUCCUGCUGCGCAAUGA